AUGCAAAAUAAUAUCGAACAAUUUAUUCUUGUCUGUCUUGAUUCUUCAUUGGAUCAUUUAGUUGAUCAUCUUGAACAAUUUAGACGUCUAAUAAGUUGUGUACAACACUUCAAUGAUGCAAAUUCUUGUAUGGAUUAUAUUACAAAUAUUAAAAAUGAAACAGCUCUUCUCAUUAUAUCAGUUGAACAUACUCAAAUAAUACCAUUUAUCUAUCAUAUACAACAAAUUUAUUCGAUUUACAUUUUCAAUUUCAAUCAAUGUGAACAAAUAAGUGAAGAUACAUUAAAUUAUCGAAAAGUUCGAGGCCAUUUCGACACAAUCGAUAAAUUAGUUAAACAAAUAGCAUACGAUAAAAAAUGGAUAGCGUCGAAUCUUUUAACAAUAAACAGUUUUCCAGCAUGUACUCUAGGAUCUUAUGAUAUGAGUGAUCAUAUAAACAAUAACAAUAUUCAAGAAGCAACAUUCAUGUAUUCUCAAAUUCUACGUAGUAUUUUUGUUAAUGAAACCUAUAAAGAUAUUGAUAAAAAUGAGAUGAUUGAAUUUUUUCGACAACAAUAUAACGAGAAUGAAACAGAGUUGGAAAAAAUCAACAAAUUUGAACGUGAAUAUACAACUGAACGUGCUAUCUAUUGGUAUACUAUCGAUGGAUUUCUUUAUCGUACAAUUAAUAAAGCUUUACGAACACAAAACAUUUUGAUACUUUAUCAAUUGCGUUAUUUUAUUAAAGAUCUUCAUUUAGAACUGAAGAAAUAUCAUUCAAAACAAUCUUCGAAUUUAUCGAAAGAAACAUUAAUUGUUUAUCGAGGAAUUGGACUACCAAAUAAUGAAUUUGAAAAAUUAAAACAAGGUCAUUUGAUAUCUUUUAGUGAAUUUUUAUCAACAAGCAAAAAUCGAGAAUUAGCAGAAAUCUAUGUUCAACGUGGAUUCGAUGAUAUGCAAUCAAUUCUAUUCGAAAUCGAAUUAAAUUAUACAAUUCAAUCAUCAACUCCAUUUGCUGAUAUAUCUGAACAGAGUCAAUUCGAUUUAGAAGAAGAAAUUCUUCUAUCAAUGGGUAGUGUUUUUCGAAUUCAAUCUUUAACUCUUACUUCAGACAAUAAUUGGAAUAUAAAACUGAUGCAAACUUCAGACGAAGAUCAACAAUUGAAAUUAUUAUAUCAAUGGUUAGAUCAAGCUAUAUUUCGAGUCAAUCAUCUAUAUACAAAAUUAAGUUCACUCAUGUUAUUUAUCUAUGAUUAUGAUAAAGCAGAAUUUUUCUUGAGAAAAGUAGUGUCUCAGCCCGGUUUCAAUCAAGAUAUUGAAACAAUUAGUGCAACAUCAUCGAUUUUCGGUGAAAUAUAUUUUCAUCAAAAGAAAUAUGAAUAUGCAGUUAUGUUAUAUCAGAAAACAAUUGAAUUAUUUGAGCAACAUCCAAACAAAAGUGUUCCAUCUACUAUACAAAGAUGUUAUACAGGUCUCAGUGAAAUCUAUUUAGAAGAAGAACAAUAUAUGAAAGGUAUGAACGAAAUAAAAUCUUUAGUAUGA